GCACUGUCCAAAUACGUUAGCCGUUCCCCAAAUGGUGUUUUUCUCUUACCCUCCGACGCGCAAGCAGCUCGCAGUGACGGUCGGAGUCUUCGCCACCGGGGUUUCUCUCAUUGCCGUUGGUAUCCACCUCUCCUUCGCCAACAUCGGCCCCCAGCAAGCCCGGACCAAAGCUCGCAGCGACUUCGUUAAAGCCCGCCUUCGGAAGUUUCUCGACGAUUGACCC